AUGUAUGCUAAGCAUUGUUCUUUUCGCUUGUUAACUCUCUUUAUAGUACAAAGAAUGCUUAAUGUUGAGCAGAUUUACUCUCAGCCAAAAAAUCUGAAUGAAGCAAUGAGGGCCAACACGAUGGGCUUCUAUUCUAGAAAUGAAGAAGAGAAAUAUGAUUCAAGAUAUCAUUAUGACCAUCAUAAUUCAUGGAAAACAAGGAACAUUAUUCAGAACCAGACUUCAAAGACUAACGUAGAUAACCUGAAGGCCUUAGAAGGAUAUCCUUACUCAAGCUUUGUCCAGCAAAAUGAUAAGAAUGGAAAGAUGGUUAUGGUUUACAAGUGAGACUUUCAUCAAUGCAACAAAACUUUCAUGAGGACUUGGAACUUACUAGACCACAUUAGAAUGCAUUAUGGAGUGAGACCCUUCAUUUGUAAAUUCUGUGGGAAAGGAUUUACCCAGAAGGGAAAUAUGAGAAAGCAUUUAAUUCAGCAUGAGAAGCCUCAACUUAGCAAUAGGAAAAAGUUCAAAUGCGAAUAUUGAAACAGCAGCUUUACUGAAAGAUAUAACUAUAGGACUCAUCUUGAGAAGAAGCAUGGAAUCGUGCAAAAGAGCCAAAAGUCUUCAGGAGCUUCACAGAAUUCAUAUCUAUAUAAUCCUUAA